UUGCCUAAUACUUUCUCUCUCUCUCUCUACCUUUCGCUCAAGCGUCAAGAGAACACACUCAGGCAGAGAAUUUUUCUCAAUUAUCAUUGUAUUUGUUAUGAAUUCUUGAACUCGAUCGCGCAUCAAAUUUAGUAGAUCUCUUCCUCUUUUUUCAUUCUCAAAAUCACUAGAAAUCCCAUUUAAUUAAAGCAACACUGGAGAAACUGUGAACAUGAAACAGCUUCACAAGCAAUCAAGCGUCGUGAAUUACAGAAGAGAUGAAGAGAACCCGCCAACCACCUCAACCCACCCAUCUACUUAUCCCUCCAAAACCCAAAAACAACCAAGAUCCCUCCCCAGAUCCAUCAAUUACCUCAUGAAAGAACAGAGACUCCUCUUCAUUCUCGUCGGUAUCUUGAUCGCAUCUACCUUCUUCUUUCUCCAGCCCACCCUAUCGAGGCUUGGCCCUUCUGAAUAUAUCUCCGUAGAACCCAUUGGUGUUACCAAUCAUCAUAACGUUUGGAACCCCUCUUGGAGUUCCGCAAAUCGUCAAGUGGGUAAGGUCGGAAGAGUGCCGGCCGGGAUCCAGAGACGGCAGUUGCGAAUUGUUGUGACCGGAGGUGCCGGAUUUGUGGGUAGUCAUCUUGUCGAUAAGCUUUUGGCAAGAGGGAACAAUGUGAUUGUGAUCGAUAAUUUCUUUACAGGGAGAAAAGAGAAUGCGAUGCACCAUUUUGGGAAUCCAAGGUUUGAGCUGAUCCGACAUGAUGUAGUGGAGCCUAUACUUUUGGAAGUCGAUCAAAUUUAUCAUUUGGCUUGUCCGGCUUCACCUGUACACUAUAAGUAUAAUCCCAUCAAGACGAUCAAGACAAAUGUGGUGGGCACCUUGAAUAUGUUGGGCCUGGCAAAGAGAAUUGGGGCACGGUUUCUGCUCACCAGUACAAGUGAAGUGUACGGUGACCCGCUUGAGCAUCCGCAGAAGGAAACCUACUGGGGAAACGUGAACCCAAUAGGUGUCAGAAGCUGCUAUGACGAAGGAAAGCGGACUGCUGAAACUUUAACGAUGGAUUACCACCGAGGUGCAGGUGUUGAGGUGCGUAUUGCACGCAUUUUCAAUACAUAUGGGCCCCGUAUGUGCUUAGAUGAUGGACAUGUCGUUAGCAAUUUUGUUUCUCAGGCCCUCCGCAAACAACCUUUGACAGUUUAUGGUAAUGGAAAGCAAACACGAAGCUUCCAAUAUGUUUCUGACUUGGUUGAUGGGUUGGUGGCAUUAAUGGAAAAUGAGCAUGUUGGGCCUUUCAACUUGGGUAACCCGGGAGAAUUCACCAUGCUGGAGCUUGCUGAGGUUGUCAAAGAAACAAUUGAUUCCAGUGCAACCAUUGAAUUCAAUCCAAACACAGAGGAUGACCCACAUAAAAGGAAACCGGAUAUCUCCAAGGCAAAGGAAUUGCUGAAUUGGGAGCCGAAGAUAUCAUUAAGGGAGGGAUUGCCAUUAAUGGUGACUGAUUUCCAGAAACGCAUCUUGAAUGAUGAGGAAGGAGGAACACUCAAAUAAGAUAGGAAGUAAUUCCCUGUAUAGUAUGAAGAGCAUGUCGCAUAUUCCACCUAUCAGUGUUUUUAUUUUAUUUUGUUCAUUUGGCGGCUAAGAUCUUUGAUUAAUUUGUUGUCACCUAUUCUACCAUCAUCUAAAUAUCUACUUGGAAAUUUUGGAUGCAUUCCACAUUUGUAAAGAAAGAGGCAUGUAUCCUACAGUUUUGUAAUGGAAAUUCUGUGUUCUGACAUAAUUAAGAGUGCAACCCCACUACAAUAUGAUUGAGCAGUAGGCAAGUUGCACUUGGUUC